GUCAUUGUCGACAAGCUGCUGGGCUACGAGAAUGUCACUGCAGAGCAGGGCUGGCGCCAAGAGCAAAAGCAGCACGAGGAUGCCUCCGUGAAGAUGAUCGUCGUCAAUGAGGACUACCCGCUGCACUGCAUCAGUUACCGCAAGCUCAUCAAUCCGCACCAGUCGCAGUACGUCGUCAGGGGCGCUCCCACACCAGACAUCAUCCCUGCGACAGCAGUAGACGCCCCGGCUGGUGAGCCCAGCAGCUCGUCGGCGGCGGCGGCGACGCAGGCAUCAUCAGAGAGAUCACUCAAGCUCAAGCCCAAACAUAACAACCCUGCCCGCUGGGAUUAUGUCCCCCCAGACAACACGCCGCCCAGGAGCGCGGAGACUUCGGUUCAAGGAAGCUCAUCACAAUCACGACCAGAAAACCGUAGUGAGGUGGCAAGCAGUGAUCAGGCCGAGGUCCAGAUCGCAACAGCAGCAUCUCCACCAGACGAUAUCGAGGACAUCACGCACGUCUCUGAAACAAUUCUUCCGCCAGAAUGGACGGUCCUGGGGCAGACACCGCUGGCUGCUGGUGAGGAACACGAUGACGGAGACGAGCUGCUCAGCUGCAUCCGCGACAUAAGAAGCGCCACGGACGAGUUCAGCAAUAUGCUCAAUACUGUUUCUGACGGCGAGCUCGACGAAGACACCAAUAGCGACUCGGAUGCAAAUGUAACACACGAAGUUGAAGAACAGGAUGCCUCACAAACAGACGACGCAACACGACGCACCACACGAAGCACCGCUACACCUCCAAGCGGCAUGCUCGCUCAUAGAAAGGGCACUUGGCAGGACCACUUUGCGUGCAUGCGCGCAGGAGUCCAGGGCGCGGCCUCUGACAACCCCAACAGCCGCACGAUCGAGCUGCUGCAGAAGAUGCUCGACCACAACGAGCAGGUCAACGACCAGUGGCGCACGAUGUCGUACAAGAAGGCCAUUGCGGCGCUGAAGCGGCACCCCGUCAGGAUCACCACGGCCGAGCAGGCCCGCGGCGUGGUGGGCAUCGGGCAGGGGAUCAGCGAGAAAAUUGAAGAGAUUGUGCGGACCGACUCGCUGCGCAAGCUCGAGUUUGUGCAGAACGAUCCGCAGUUCAAGGUGCUACAGCUGUUCCUCAAGAUCUACGGCGUCGGCAUAAAGCAGGCCCAGCAGUGGGUUACCAAGGGAUACCAGACCCUCGAGGACCUUGUGGCUCAUGCUUCGCUGAAUGCCGGCCAGAAGAUUGGCAUCGAGCACUUUGACGAUCUCAACACGCGGAUCCCGCGCCAGGAGGUCGCCGCCCUGGGAGAUUUCGUCAUGGCCAUGGCGGCCGAGAUUGACCCAGCCGUUGAGCUCAUCAUUGGUGGGAGCUACCGCCGGGGCGCACGCUCAUCGGGAGACAUAGACUUCAUCGUCACGAAAAAGGGGACUCGCUCGACUGAUGUGCUCGUGCCGUUCCUCCAUCAGCUCGUGGAGAAGCUGUACGAGGUGGGCUUCCUCACGGCCACCCUGUCAUCGCUGGCGGCCGAGGUCAAGCAAGGGCACGGUAGCAAGUGGCACGGCUGCUGCGUGCUGCCACAAGCGGCUGCGGAACACUACAACGGUGACCCCAGUAACAAUGACAACGACGACAAGUCAAAACAAGGGAAGCCGAUAUGGCGCAGGAUCGACUUCCUCCUCGUUCCCGACGCCGAGCUCGGCGCGGCCAUGAUCUACUUCACCGGCGACGACAUCUUUAACCGCAGCCUGCGCCUUCUCGCGGACAAGAAGGGCAUGCGGCUCAACCAGCGCGGCCUGUACAAGGAUGUGCUCCGCGGGCCGAAGCGUGUCAAGCUGACUGAAGGCGAGCUCAUCGAGGGCCACGACGAGAGGAAGAUUUUUGAGAUCCUCGGGGUCAAGUGGCGCGAGCCGACGGAGCGGUGGUGUCAGUAGAUUUCGGUGUUGUGGGGACAGUCGAGGGGGAGGGGGGUUACAGUAGUGACUAGGCUCAGUAUGAAAGUGAGAUCGCACGGAUUGAGGGAAUGCCUUCCCUUGCGCGCGAGAGAGAGAGA